AUGCAAACCUCCGAUGCAAGCAACCCGAGUCGUCUGAUUCCCUCCAAAUUCUCCCACAUCAGCGCGGACAACACGGGCUUCUCCCACGGUGCAUACAAUUCCAACAAUAUUCCUCUGCAGGGUCUGUCGGACCGGAACGCUCGUCGUGCCAAUAUUCCUGCCAUCAACACUUCGGCUCCGAUUCCGGACACCAUGGCUUCCUCGGGGACCGCGUUCGACAUGAACUUCACCCCCCUCCUACCGUCUCAGCUGCUGCUCGGUAGCCCAUUCCAGCCCGGUACCCCGUCCGCGUUUGCCUCGCCUCAGUUCGCCAAUUUUGGUGGCUUUCCUCAAGCCAAUGCUCCUACACAUGCGCAGAAUCAGAGCCACCACUUGGCGAGUCCAACUCAGCCUGCACAGAAUCAUGGUCUUUACUCGGGCAUGUUAUCACCAGAUAGUAUGGGUAAUGGGCAGAUGCUGGGAGCUCCGCAAUCGCCCGUCGGUGGCCUGGGCGGGUUGGGCAACGCCGCGUUCGGUGCUCAUGCCGCCUCGGUAACCCCUGGCCUGCUCUCGGGAACGAGCCGUACUGUUUAUCUGGGCAAUAUCCCUGCCGAAACUUCCGCGGAAGAAAUCUUGAACCACGUACGGAGCGGCCAGAUUGAAUCCGUUCGCUUGCUUCCCGACAAGAACUGCGCAUUCAUCUCUUUCCUGGACAGUAACUCCGCCACGCACUUCCACUCGGAUGCUAUCCUCAAGAAACUCGCUAUCAAGGGUAAUGAUAUCAAGGUUGGAUGGGGGAAGCCUUCCCAGGUGCCUACAUCAGUGGCGCUUGCGGUGCAACAAUCAGGCGCGUCAAGGAAUGUUUAUCUGGGCAACCUUCCCGAAGAAAUGGCAGAAGAGGAGCUUCGUGAAGAGCUUGGCAAGUUCGGUCCUAUUGACACUGUCAAGAUUGUUAAAGAGAAGGCAAUUGGUUUUGUCCACUUCUUGUCAAUCAACAACGCCAUGAAGGCUGUCUCCCAGUUGCCUCAGGAGGCCAAGUGGCAGGCGCCCCGCCGUGUCUUCUAUGGUAAAGACCGUUGUGCAUAUGUCUCGAAGACACAGCAGCAGAACGCCGCCCAAUUCUUGGGCAUCGCUCCAGGAUACGCUCACAUCCUCAACUCGGCAGACCGUGACCUGAUUACGAAUGCCCUCGCUCAACAGUCCGUUGCCGCCGCAGCUGUGGCCACCACAGCUGGUGGUGUCAACAACCUUGGCAACCGCACGAUUUACUUGGGCAACAUUCACCCCGAGACCACCAUUGAAGAGAUCUGCAAUGUCGUACGUGGCGGGCUUCUUCAUCACAUUCGCUAUAUUCCGGACAAGCACAUCUGCUUUGUCACUUUUAUUGACCCGACGUCGGCGGCUUCUUUCUAUGCUUUGAGCAACCUGCAGGGUCUUAUGAUCCACAACCGUCGGUUAAAGAUUGGAUGGGGUAAACACUCGGGUCCCCUCCCUCCCGCCAUUGCCCUGGCUGUGAGUGGGGGUGCUUCUCGGAAUGUAUAUGUAGGAAACCUAGAUGAGACUUGGUUGGAAGAACGGCUACGCCAGGACUUUUCGGAAUAUGGAGAGAUUGAGCUUGUCAACACUUUGCGUGAGAAGAGUUGCGCUUUCGUCAAUUUCACCAACAUUGCAAAUGCCAUCAAAGCCAUUGAAGGGAUGCGAAACCGGGAAGAGUACAAGAGGUUUAAGAUCAAUUUUGGCAAGGACCGGUGUGGAAACCCCCCGCGCCAAGCUGGUAAUGGUGGACAGCAAAGUCGGAACGGGUCGGGAAUGGAGGGCACACAGUCACCCUCUCCAGCCUUGAACGGUUACCAGCAGAACCUGAGCCAGUCCGGCUCUGGAUCUAGCCCGACGCAUCCGGCUCUUUCACCUGCUCCUGGGUCCACUGGCUCGCAGAAUGGCCACCUGGGUAGACAUCCUCUGCAGCAAGUUUCAUCGCCAUCGGGGAUUCUCAAUGUCGGAGCCAAUAACCCAUUGACUAUGUAUCUCAAUCAAAUGUCAGCUCAGCAAUCCCAAGAGCAGGAGAACCGGCUGAGUGAUCCCAUGGCCCUUGCUGCUCUCCAGUCUCAAUCCCAGCCUCAACAGCAGAAUCUCUUCACUGGAACAAGCACUGGUGAGCUCACAAACGGAAGUAUUGACGCCCCGCUACAUCAGCACAAGCCCUCUAUGAACGGCUUUCUGAAUGUGACCAAUGGCUCAUCGGGACCUGGUCACCAUGCAACAGCCAGCACGAGUGGCUUGAGCGUACCUCGCGCCCAGCAUUCCCGGGCCGUCAGCUUGCCUUCAUUUUCUCAGGAACCUUUUGGGCAUAUCUCAAACCAGGCUGGACCACCUCGCUCGGGAAUUGCCCACCAGCCUCAAAGCAGCUUCUCUAGCUUCACAUCCGCUCUCGGAGGCCUCAAACAUGCUGGCUUCGGUCUGGCAAUCCAGAACGAAAGCUCACUGCCUGGAUGGGCUGAAGAGGAAAUUGGAGCUAAAUGA